GCCUUUGCCCUGGAUCAGAAGGCAUGGGUGCAUGGCGUGAGGAUUUCUCAACUCGAGGAGGUUCAAUGGAGAGGUGACCCCUUCCAAUCACUGCAGUUCUCUGACGAGGCCAAGAAUCUCGUGGAGAGGUUGGUCAGGGGCUUCAAUAACCGCAAGGGGGAUGUCUACGAUGACAUCAUCGAGGGGAAGGGUAAAGGACUCAUAUUCCUUCUUCACGGCCCCCCUGGCCUGGGAAAGACUCUCACAGCGGAGAGUGUCGCUGUGAGCGCGCAUCGGCCGCUGUACCGAGUCACGACGGGAGAGCUCAGCACGGACGUCCAGGUGCUCGAGAAGCAGCUUACCGAUAUUUUCCGGCUAGGGGCGCGGUGGAGAGCUGUUGUCCUUCUCGAUGAAGCAGAUGUCCUCAUGACAAAGCGGACGGUGCAAGACCUUCAUCGCAAUGCCAUUGUUGCCGUGUUCCUACGCCUCCUCGAGUACUACCGUGGAAUGUUAUUUCUGACAACCAACCGCCGCGACGACUUUGACGAGGCUUUCCACAGCCGAAUCCAUGUCUCCCUUGAGUACGGCUUGCUCAAUCCCGCGUGGCGAACCAACAUCUGGCGUGAGCAUGUCGAGCGAGCCAGCCAGCUCAACAAAAUUCCUAAUCUCUGGACCCAAGAGAUAUUUGCGGCAUUGGGCAAACUCGAAACAAAUGGCAGAGAUAUCAAGAACUUUGCGAGGACCGCCUACGCCUUCGCGCAGGCUGAG